UGUAUCUCUUGUUCUGGCCAACCCAAGCCCGCAUCCAAUAGCUGGCCCGCUUUUUCAAGCUCUGGACUCUCUUCCUGCAACGACGCUGUUUUAACAUUUUUUUUUUUUACUACCAUUCUACCAGGAAUUGAAACUUGAAAAGGAAGGCAAGAGAACGAAAGCAGCAGCAGCCUUGUCGUUCAUGAGAGGAGACCUGCUAACGAGAACUAGAAAGCUCGUCAAGGGCUUGGCCAAGGCCGAGCCUAUUUGGCUCAAGCCCAUGGAACAGGCACCGCCUGCGAUAUUUCCUGGGGCGGAUGGGAAAGUUCAGAAGAUUGGUCUACCUGAGGAUCCUUAUAAAAAUAAGUUCUUCAAGAAGCAUCCAGAUGCCAAACUUGAAGAUACUAUCAAGUUUUGUGGUUUUGAUCCCUCUCCAGCUCGCGUAUUUGGUAGGCGGGUGCUUGAAUUGAAAGAGCAAGGAGUUCCUGAGGAGGAAGCUAUGGCUUUAGCUAAUAUGGAAUGUGUGGAAGAGAGAAAGGCAAAAAAGAAGGCUUAUGCGCGGUUGAAACAAAUUGCUCAUAUUCAGCGCAAAAGACCUCCCCGUAAUCCAUAUGCUAGUGCCAUUAAAGAAAUACAAGCUGAGGAGAGGAAGUUUAUUCGUGACCGUUUGUUUAAUCCCUCUUCGCGGCAAAUUGUGAAGAGGCUGAAAGGAGAGAGGUUGGCUGAAAUCCAGGACAGACAAAGAGGGGGCUGGUAAUAUUGGAGCGGCUUUAUCUUUAGUUGAGUCAGAGAGUGACAAGAGAUACCAUAUUUUGUUUGAUACAAUUUGAAGUCUUCCAUAUCUAAUUCAGUUUAGAAUACUCUCAACCAGAAAUCAGUGGAAGUGAAUAUCACUAAAUUUGCUACAUA